AUGGAGGUUGAUUCCGCUGCUAAGGCAAGCUCUUGGCAGCUGGGGGAGGUGCUGGCUUGGAGCGAGGACGAGACGCUCGAUGUUGGUAAGGAGGAGGAAGUUGCUAGGCUUCCUUUCGACGCCGGCCAAGGCGAAGAUAGCGAUGAUGAGCCCUCGCCUGCAGGUGGUGCAGGCCUCGGGGACCCAUCUCCAGUGGAGAUCGCGACCCUUGAAGAAGAGAUUAAGAACCUAGAGUUUCCCAACCUCGAAGACGGGACCGGCAACUUUGGGGAGAAAACAAUGGACGACGCAGUGGCGAUGUUGAUGGCGAAGACCGGACGCGGCUUCAGCCUGAAGAGAGAGAGCAAAACGAAGGAGAAGACCUCCCGCAUGCGAUGGAGCUCCGUAUGGGUCAAGUGCUGCCAGGGGGGGAAGCCGAGAGCGUGUCAACGUGUCGCGGAUCCGAGCGCUCGCCGCAACACAAAGUCACAAAAGCGCGUCGGGUGA